CUUUUUUGUUUUAAAAGUUUUCAGUUGCUUCUUCUAUGAUCUCAUCAUCAAAUUUUCUCACUUCUCUCUCUGACUCUCUCCUCUCUUUCAAAAACAAUAAAAAUGGAGGGUCUUCCUUCAGGCUAUCGUCCUAAUGUUGGAAUUUGUCUAAUCAACAACGAUAAUCAGAUUUUUGUGGCAUCGAGGUUGAAUGUCCCUGGAGCAUGGCAGAUGCCUCAGGGGGGGAUCGAAGACGGUGAAGAUCCUAAGUCUGCAGCCGUAAGAGAAUUGCGAGAAGAAACUGGAGUUACAUCUAUUCAUUUCAUUGCUGAGGCCCCAAAUUGGUUGACUUAUGACUUCCCUCCUGCUGUAAAAGCAAAAGUGAAUCGCUUGUGGGGUGGAGAAUGGCAUGGGCAAGCACAGAAGUGGUUCCUCAUGAAGUUCACAGCAGAUGAGCGUGAGAUCAAUUUAGCAACUGGAGAAGCGGAAACAGAAUUUUCAGAGUGGAAGUGGGCAACCCUUGAUGAGGUCAUUGAUCAGGCAGUAGACUAUAAGAGGCCAGUAUACGAGGAAGUUAUGAAAACGUUCAAAUCACAUAUCGACAGCAACCCUAUAUCUGCUAAAUGCAAGUCAGCUAAAUGGUAAAACUGUACGGCUUAAAAAGGCUGCAUUUCUCCAAAUAUCUGAUUUACCAUUGCUUAAUCUUGAAUUCUUGAUACUGUAAAUCAUAUCUCAAUCUUCUGUAAAUUAAUAUAGAAGUUUCUUUUUAUCAUAUGAGAAUUGCGAAUGUGUAAUACUUCAAAUUCGAGGGAUUUCUGGACUGCUAAAAUUUAAUGUGCUAAUUGUUCAAAUUGUAAGUAGUAGCAUGUCAGUUUGAGAGCUGUCUCUGUUUAAUUCAUAGUUUUAAUUGCUGUUA